UGACGUAGUAGGAUUCUGCUAUCAUCUGACUACCUAUAUGCCAAAUCGCAUCCCUCAUUCCGUUCUCUUCGCGCAGUAGUAAGAUUCGGUGUCGGGCGUAAGAUCUGGCGCCCCUUUCUCUAGGAGCUACCAAUUACGGCUAUAGUCGAUUCACAUCCAACAGCAGGUUGCUUCAGUGAGAUAGGGGAAUUCACUCGGCAGGAUUUUACUUACUUCACUAGUUUCAUUUCGACUAAGUAUCACCUCAUCUUUACAGGGGAAGGGGAAUUUUUUAGAAAGUAAUUUUUAUGAGCCGAAGGUGAUAUUUGUAAAGAGAGGGGCAUAUUGAAGCGAGUGCCAUGGAUGUAGCAUUCGCAAAACCGGUGAGAGAAGUAUUAGAUAACUUCGGCACCGAUGAAAAUUCUGGUUUGUCGGAUGAGCAAGUCAAAAGAGCUUUAGAAAAAUAUGGACCUAAUGAAUUGCCCGCGGAAGAAGGAAAACCUUUAUGGGAACUUAUUUUAGAACAAUUUGAUGAUUUACUUGUGAAGAUUUUACUCUUAGCGGCUGUGAUUUCAUUUGUUUUAGCUUGGUUUGAAGAAACUGAAGAACAAGUAACAGCUUUUGUUGAACCUUUUGUUAUUUUAACUAUUUUAAUAGCCAAUGCAAUUGUUGGUGUCUGGCAGGAACGAAAUGCAGAAAGUGCCAUUGAAGCUCUCAAAGAAUAUGAACCCGAAAUCGCUAAAGUUGUACGACAGAACCACAAAGGUGUUCAGAGAAUCCGGGCAAGUAAACUGGUGCCCGGAGAUCUCGUUGAAAUUUCCGUUGGUGACAAAGUACCUUCUGAUGUUCGAGUAAUAGCUAUUAUGUCUACAACCCUUCGUGUUGAUCAAGCUAUUCUAACUGGUGAGAGUGUUAGUGUAUUAAAACAAACAGAAGCUGUCCCAGAUCCUCGAGCUGUCAAUCAAGAUAAGAAAAACAUCCUCUUCUCUGGAACUAACAUUGCUGCUGGUAAAUGCCGUGGUAUCGUUAUUGGAACUGGACUUAACACUGAAAUCGGUAAGAUUCGUAAUGAGAUGAUGGACACUGAAACCGAGAAAACUCCACUUCAACAAAAACUUGAUGAAUUUGGUGAACAGUUGUCUAAGGUCAUCACUGUUAUCUGUGUUGCUGUCUGGGCCAUCAAUAUUGGUCACUUUAACGAUCCUGCCCAUGGUGGCUCCUGGAUGAGGGGUGCCAUCUAUUAUUUUAAAAUUGCUGUUGCCCUUGCUGUAGCUGCCAUUCCUGAAGGUUUACCAGCUGUCAUCACCACCUGUCUUGCUCUAGGUACCAGAAGAAUGGCCAAGAAGAACGCCAUCGUAAGAAGUUUGCCCUCCGUCGAAACUCUUGGUUGUACCUCUGUUAUCUGUUCAGAUAAAACUGGUACUCUGACAACCAAUCAGAUGUCAGUAUGCAAGAUGUUUUUGUUCAGUAAAAUUGAAGGUAAUAUGAUUGAAACAAGUCAGUUUGAAAUUACUGGAUCAACCUACGCCCCAGAAGGAGAAAUAUUCUACAAGAGCCGUAAGAUUAAGUGUGCCGAUUUCCCAGGUCUAGAAGAAAUGGCUGUCAUCUGUGCCAUGUGUAACGAUUCUAGUGUUGAUUUCAACGACUCGAAAGAUAUUUAUGAGAAAGUAGGUGAGGCUACGGAGACAGCUUUAACAGUAUUAUGUGAGAAGAUGAACGUCUACCAGACGGACAGAACUGGUCUCACAAAACGUGAAAACUGUACCUGCUGUAAUCAAGUUAUCAACGAAAUGUGGAAAAAAGAUGUCACCCUUGAAUUCUCCCGAGAUCGUAAAUCCAUGAGUGUUUUCGCCACUCCCAACAAGCCAACAAGAAUUGCUAAUGGAGCUCGUAUGUUCUGUAAGGGUGCUCCUGAAGGUAUGUUGGAUCGUUGUACUCAUGUUCGUAUUGGAAACAACAAGGUACCCAUGUCACCUGCUAUCAAGGCUGAGAUUAUUAAACAAGUGAAGAUCUACGGUACUGGACGAGAUACUCUCCGUUGUUUAGCUCUUGCUACUAUUGAUGCUCCACCCAGAUUAGAUGAAAUGGAUUUAGAAGACUCUAGAAAAUUCAUUCAGUAUGAGACAAACAUGACAUUUGUUGGAUGUGUUGGUAUGUUGGAUCCACCUCGUGAAGAAGUCAAGGCAUCCAUUGUACAAUGUGCUAUUGCUGGUAUCCGUGUCAUUGUCAUUACUGGUGAUAACAAGGCCACAGCUGAAGCUAUCUGUCGUCGUAUUGGUGUAUUCGGUGAAAAUGAAUCUACUGAUGGUUUAGCCUACACUGGUCGUGAAUUUGAUGAACUUGCUCCAGAAGAACAAAGAGCUGCUUGUAUGCGUGCCCGAUUAUUCGCCCGUGUAGAGCCAACACAUAAAUCUAAGAUUGUUGAAUAUUUACAAGGAGAAGGUGAAAUCUCUGCUAUGACUGGUGAUGGUGUCAAUGAUGCCCCUGCCUUGAAGAAAGCUGAAAUUGGUAUUGCUAUGGGUUCCGGUACUGCUGUAGCCAAAUCUGCUGCUGAGAUGAUUUUAGCUGAUGAUAACUUCUCGACUAUCGUAGCUGCUGUAGAGGAAGGACGUGCUAUUUACAGUAACAUGAAACAAUUUAUUCGUUAUCUUAUUUCAUCCAAUAUUGGUGAAGUAGUCUGUAUUUUCUUGACUGCUGCUCUUGGUAUCCCAGAAGCUUUGAUUCCUGUACAAUUGUUGUGGGUUAACUUGGUAACUGAUGGUUUCCCUGCCACUGCCCUUGGUUUCAAUCCCCCAGAUCUGGACAUCAUGAAAAAACCACCACGAAAUCCCAAAGAAGGUCUUAUUACAGGAUGGUUGUUCUUCAGAUAUAUGGCUAUUGGAAUAUACGUCGGAUGUGCUACUGUUGGUUCUGCUGCCUGGUGGUUCAUGAUCUAUGAACACGGCCCACGACUUAACUACUACCAGUUGACCCAUCAAGCUCAGUGCCUGGCACAGGAUGAGAUGUUUGAAGGCAUUGAUUGCAGUGUCUUCCGCCACCCAAAACCCAUGACGAUGGCCUUGUCAGUGCUCGUCGUCGUAGAGAUGUUAAAUGCCCUCAACAGUUUAUCAGAGAAUCAGUCACUGUGGGCUAUGCCACCAUGGACUAACAAAUGGUUAUGUAUGGCCAUUAUUCUGUCUAUGUCCCUACAUUUCCUUAUCCUCUACGUCGACGUCAUGUCGGUGAUCUUCCAGAUUACACCAUUGAACUUAGUUGAGUGGAUGGCUGUAUUAAAGAUCUCUAUACCUGUUAUAAUACUGGAUGAAGCACUCAAAUUCGUGGCAAGAAAGUUUGCAGAUGCCCCAUUUAUGAAAGAGCAGCCAGCACCCCCACCGGACAUGACACGACGUCGUUCAUCCAUUUUUCAUUUGAAAAAAAUGGGAUAAAGUAUUGAAAAUUAUCCUGAGAUGUUCUAAGGUGAUAACGAGGUUAUUUUCCCUGCCUCGUUUCUGGAGUUUUGUAAUGAAGACUGGAGAAAUGCAAAUAUUGCAUCAAGCUUAGCCGUCCAAUCCAAAUAGGCGAAUUGCGCUGGAUAGCGUUAUCUGUACUGCGUUUUCUAUUUGCCAUUCCCAUUUUUUUAAAACGUAGAAAACAGAUGAUCUAUUAGCAUAGAAAUGUAUCUGUUUGCAGCGAUUGCAUGCCGCCCUGCGCGUAGUCAUAGCAUGCUCUAGGCCCUUUUGUUUUCUUUUAAAUUCAAAUGUUGUGUAUUUGUUUUAUUGUCAAAAUGUAAACUAUGUUAUACAAAAUGUUUUUUUUUUAUGAAUAAUGAACAUUGAUUAAUAUGUCCUACAUAUAUAUAUGAAACUGACUAUAUUGUAUAUGGAUGUAUACUCGGUGUCUAUUUUUAGUAUAACAUGUCUUUACACCACCCUUUUCCAGUUGAAUUCCUGCCUCCCCCUACCACCAAAAGAAAAUUCCGUGGAAUUUAAAUUAUGGAUUGUAAACUCCAGUUGAAUUACCCGAACUCACCACCAAUCUACGGUUUUACAUAGGAAACAAACUCUACGGGGCGUGGCUUAGGCUCUUAUGUCAUUUAUGACGUAGGACUAAUCAAUGGGAGAGCACUGCGAUUGGAUUACCUCGCUCGCUUGUUCUAUUUCUAUUUAUUUGUUUGUUUCAACGAGUGUGAUAUAGUUUUUAGACAGUUUGGAUCUACUUUUAGACCAAAAUAUCUUUCGUCGCCAGAAACUCUUAGAUUUAGGCCUACUUCCAGUGUAACACAAGCUAUGGAUAGGACAGCUCGGCUUUACGUGACUUGCAACAAUAAAAGAAGCCAAACAAAAUUCUGCCAAAAGACAAAAUAUUGAUAAUAAUAAAAAAAAAAAAAAAAACCAUUUGUGCAGACUGGUUAGUUAAAAGUUGUGUGUCAUUUUUUUUCUCUUGCCAUAUUUUUUUCUUUUUCUUUUCGGGAAAAAUUUAAAUAUUGAAUCUAUGUAGAUUUUAAAGAACUGUUUUUAAUCGUUGUUUUUUUUUUCUUUUUCAAAAAAAUAUUAUUUUUGAAUGGCAUUAACAGGUCAGAUUUUGUAUAUAUUUAUGUAUGUAAAAUUAUCAACAUCAUAAUGUAUGUUUGAAUGAGCCGUGUGUGUUUUUUAAAAAAAUGUUUAUCUCCAACUAACUUUCAACUUUGAACCACGAACUUUAACCUUUAAGCUAUGUAAUUAUAACCGUGACCUGCAGUUGACCCGACCUUGAACUUUAUUCUUGUUCCGGUACCAAUGUUAUCCCAUCAGCCACUGUGAUAAAGAAAAUUAAAUUAUUUAAAUGUAUUUAAUAUAUAUCCCAUUAAUCAUGUAAAGCGAGUAUGUUUUUAUUGUCAACGGAUAUUUUUCUUUGUUUGAUUGGGAAAUAAAUCGCGAUAUGACGUAAUUUUAAUCCUGAUUCUAUUUUCGAAUGGAGAUUUUUUUUUUAAAUUUUAGAGUAUAAAUAAUCGAUUAAUUUAUUUGUAACUUUGGAUACUUAGUCAAAUUUCAUGCUAUGCAUAUUUGUUCCAAAGGGGAAAUAACUCCAAACCUUGAUUUAUCUGGGCAUUUUAUUUUAAAGUUAAAUUCUUUAUUUGUUGGACGUGUAUCUAUGGCAUCGAAAUGCGCCCAAGGUUUAUGACAUUAUGUGUAUUUCCCGCGACUUAUACCUCAAUGACCACAUCGUAAGUAGGGACCUCGAGCAUAUCACGUGCCAAUAUUCGACCACCGGGCACGUACAGGGAACUCGUCCCUAAAACUAUCGAGGGCGGGUUACUGGCCGAACACCAGUCUAAAUAUUAAUAUAUUAAAAGAUGUAUACUUUUUAAAAAUAAUCAUCAAUAAAAAUUGCAGAGUGACUUAAUUAAAAGAAUAGAUAAGGACCCCUGGGAGUCGAGGUCCCUACUUUUGAUAAGGUUUGGUUUAUUGUAGAUAUACUAUGGAACCCGAAUUUGUACAUUUCCUUUAGAAGUAAAUUAUCGGUUUUUUUUCUAUAA